UGCUGGAUCUCGGAGCAGCAGCAGACUGCCAGUCCGUCGCUGCAGUCCGACAGAGCGGCCAGUCAUCAACAUCCUCUCAGCGUCCGCGGAGCUCCCAACGCUAUGUUGGCUCUGAGCUGACGGUUAACGGCUCAAACGGAGCAGGCUACGACGGUGUGGACAUACGUGGACAUGAGGACACCCGCCACAGCGACUUCUUCUUCCAAAACCGGGACCGGGAAUCCUGACUGGCAUCGAUUUUCACCGAGCAAAUGAGAAAAGAAUCGUCAUGACCGUUUUCCUGCUGACCAGUCACUCCUUCACUGAGGGACCUCGGCCCGUUUUGGUUUCUGGACUUAUCACUGCAGGGAUGAGAUAAUAAAGUCAACCAGCUUGUGCAUGCUGCUACAACAACACCUGUGGCACCUGUGAACCCACCCCACACCCUGCCCUCCCCCUAACCCCUCCCCGAGCUACGUUCAAGUCAACAGUCAAAACAUGACGACGCCGGCUCUGCUGCCGCUGUCGGGCCGCAGGAUACCCACUCUGUCGCCGGGCGCCUCCUCUUUCCCGCACCACAGGGCUACGUUGAGGCUCUCUGAGAAGUUCAUCCUCCUCCUCAUUCUCAGUGCCUUCAUCACUUUAUGCUUCGGGGCCUUCUUCUUCCUCCCGGACAAUUCCAAGCACAAGCGCUUUGACCUGGGCUUGGAGGAUGUGCUCAUCCCUCAUAUUGACUCACCCAAAGAGGGGAAGCACGCCUCUGGACAGUUGGUCAUACAUGGACAGGGAGGACAUGAUGAGCACAGACACAGGGAGGAGGAGGAGAGCCUGCGGGACAAGAUUCGGGCAGAUCAUGAGCGAGCGCUGCAGGAGGCCAAGGAGAAGCUGAGGAAGUCACGUGAGGAGCUGCAGGCUGAGAUUCAGACAGAGAAGAACAAAGUCAUGGAGGACCUGAAAAAGAAGGACCCGGGGCCUAAACCUUUGCCACCCGUCCCCAUGCCCAAAGUGGUGGGCGUCAGUGAUGGUGAGCCGCCGGAGCCUGAUGCCAAAGAGAAACGUGACAAGAUCAGAGAGAUGAUGAAGCAUGCAUGGGACAGCUACAGGCAGUACGGCUGGGGUCACAACGAGCUGAAGCCCCUCGCCAAGAAAGGACAUUCCACAAAUAUCUUUGGCAAUUCCCAACUAGGGGCGACCAUUGUGGAUGCCUUAGACACCCUCUACAUCAUGGGCCUGCACGAGGAGUUCAAGGACGGCCAGGAGUGGAUCGAACAGAAUCUGGAUUUUGGCGUGAAUGCCGAGGUGUCUGUGUUCGAGGUCAACAUUCGUUUCAUAGGAGGACUCCUGGCCGCCUACUACCUCUCUGGACAGGAAGUAUUUAAGAUGAAGGCGGUCCAGCUAGCAGAGAAGCUGCUUCCUGCCUUUAACACCCCCACAGGAAUCCCCUGGGCCAUGGUCAACCUUAAGAGCGGUGUUGGUCGUAACUGGGGUUGGGCGUCGGCAGGCAGCAGCAUCCUGGCUGAGUUUGGGACUCUUCACAUGGAGUUUGUCCACCUUACCUACCUGACAGGAAACCCUGCCUACUACCAGAAGGUGAUGCACAUCCGGAAGCUGCUAGCCAAAAUGGACAGACCCAACGGGCUCUACCCAAACUACCUGAACCCUCGCACGGGUCGCUGGGGCCAACAUCACACCUCAGUUGGAGGACUUGGGGACAGUUUUUACGAGUACCUGCUGAAGGCGUGGCUCAUGUCAGACAAGACCGACACAGAGGCCCGCAAGACUUAUGAUGACGCCAUUGAGGCCAUCGAGCGCCACCUGAUACGCAAAUCCAACGGCGGUCUGACGUUCAUUGGUGAGUGGAAGAACGGCCACCUGGAGAGGAAGAUGGGCCACCUGGCCUGCUUCGCCGGCGGCAUGUUUGCGUUGGGAGCUGACGGCUCGCCCGACGACAAGGCCGGACACUACCUGCAGCUGGGAGCCGAGAUCGCACACACCUGCCACGAGUCCUACGAUAGGACAGUGUUGAAGCUCGGCCCGGAAGCCUUUAAGUUCGACAGUGGCCUGGAGGCGGUGGCCGUACGGCAGAACGAGAAGUACUACAUCCUGCGGCCGGAGGUCAUCGAGACCUACUGGUACAUGUGGCGGUUCACCCACGAUCCCAAAUACCGGCAGUGGGGCUGGGAGGCAGCACAGGCCAUCGAUAAGUACUGCCGGGUGAGCGGAGGUUUCUCCGGGGUGAAGGAUGUCUACUCCUCCAACCCGACCUACGACGACGUGCAGCAGAGCUUCUUCCUGGCCGAGACGCUCAAGUAUCUGUACCUGUUGUUCUCCAGCGACGACCUGAUGCCGUUUGAGAGUUGGGUCUUCAACACGGAGGCUCACCCACUUCCUGUCCUCCACCUGGGCAACAUCACCCUGCCAGGCAGCGAGCCGGCUCAGCGGUAGACGGACAGGGCCAUCUCCCUCCGCCGCAGCACCAGGGGGCUCCACCUGUACGCCCGCCUGCCUGCCCAAAAAAACCCACCCACCAACACUGGACAAACUUUCAUUCAGCUCUACAGACUCUCCGCUGCUUUUGGACUGCAGACAUCAACGAGAGGAGACGGAGGGAGAGCCUCCCGCGCAGACCGCUGCAGCGUGUUGAGGACUUUGAGUCUCCCUCUCUUCUUCUAUGUUUUACUCUUUGACUCUCUCUGUCGAUCUCUCUGUCUUCUCUGCUUAAAUCAGAGAGACAGUGGGUGUGCUGCUCAGCCUCACGACUGGCUUGAAAUGACUCUGAAGGACCGAGCUCCAAAAAAACGGAGGCUUGAUUUAGUUUUUUUAUUGUUAUUAUUUUUAGUGUUUAUUUGAGAUUUGACCAAACUUUACUCCCAUACAGACUCAAGCUGAGGCACUGAGAGUGCGUGACGGGGUUUCUGUGAAGGAUCACACAGUCAGUUUGACACUUGACUGAUGGAGGUGUCAUUUUUUUUCCAGGCAGACAGACUUGAGGACUUUACUGGGUCUGUUGGUAAGACAUUUUUUUUAUUUUGUUUCGUUUGGACAAUUCGUUAAUGGGGACACAGGGUUGAAUCAGAGCCCUCCGCUUCACCCUGACCCAACCCCUCCCCACACCACUUCCUGUUUAACCGUCAUCAGAUGAACUUUGACCUGGAACUGUUUGCAGCUCGUCACAUCAUCAGUGCGAGGGCGGGUUGUGGCAACAGUCCCCACCUCCUCCUCCUCCUCCUCCUCCUCCUCCCCCCCUCCCCCUCCUCCUCUUAUCCUCCUUUUUCAGAAAAGUGGACCAUUGUAAGCGGAACAGUACCUACACGGGGACAGCAGCAGGCCUCCCCAUCCUCACCACCCUCCAACCUCGACAUCUUUCCAGUUUCUCUCCCAGUUAGAGACGAGCCACAGCCCAACACAUUCUGCUGCUACUCAUUUGGAUGCUGCUUUUUUCUCUCCUCCACGUUUUAUCGCUUAGUUUCUCUCCAGCUUCUUUUAUCUCUUCCCUUUUCUUUUCAUAGAUCAUUUUCAGGUCAUACAUUGUCAGAUGAGGCUAGGACCCAACAGUGCUUGUGUGUGAGUGUGAGUGUGUGUAUGAGUGUGUGGUGAUCAAAGAAACCUGCUGUAUAUCAUGUAUUUGUGCACUUUGUAUGGGAAGGCUAUGAAGAAGAGGGAAACAGGAGUGUAGCACUGAAUGAGCUGAAUAAAUGAAGUCUCCCUGCUGAGCUCUCAUGACACAAUUGCUCUGUUCGACCAGUAUCACCAGUUUGGACCACCUCAACUGUAAGUUGUAUAAACUUUUUGUGGUGUUGAAAUUCUCCCAUCAUUUUUCUUCACCGCUAUUUCAACAGUCCCCGUCUUUUUUGUUGCUUUUAUCGUACAUUUUUAAUGCCUUCUCCUCUCUGCUGCAGUUUAAAGGGGAGCUCUGGUAUUUUCAUCCUGGACCCUAUUUUCCCUAGUUUUAUGUGUCUAAUAUUUUUCCACCAAAUUAAAAAUGGAAGUACUCAGGAGUAGCAAGAUGGCAGAUUGCAUUGAUCACCUGCCAGCUCUUGUUCUGGUAAUACAGAUAUUAGUUUAUAAUGAAAAGAGUAGCGCUCAGUGCCCGACUUCCCGUUUUCCAGGUGGUUAAAGAUGCAGCAUGUGUUCGGCCCCUAAUUUCCAGGGCUGGUACCUGCGGUUAUUCCACAGGCUAGUUAAUAACAUGUCGGGCAGGAAAUCCAAAGUGUGGGAUCAUUUUGAGAAGGUGAAGGACGAACCCAAGGUGAUAUGUAAACUCAUCUUCAUUGGUCGACUACAAACAUGACGUAUCAUCUGAAACAUAGAAGUAGCUACAUGCCCAUUAGCCCACAGCGUCAUUAACAGGCGGCUCGCUCAGUGUGUGACGUGCACUUGUAGAUAAAAUAUAGGCCUAUAUUAAUGAAGGUUCAUUAGUACGGUUUUGUAUUUCUCUGUAAUGUAGCACAGUGUUAACAAUGUUACUGAUACUAUUCUUUCUCACACCUUCAACUCAAACCACCAAAAUAUAUCAUUUAAUAAUUAUAUUAAUAUCAUAAACAUGCGGGCGACUAGUCGACUAAUGGUCCUAAAAAAGGAAAAUUCUUAGUCGAGGGCAGCCCUACAAGUAAUAAUUACAAGGAGAAGACUAUUUUUUGCUUCCAGCUGGUAACCAACUUUUGAGCUUCCCAACACCUUUUUUUUGGUCGAAAUUCUCCAAACAGCUUAAAAUUUGGUGCAGGAACCAGAAGGGAACCCGUGCUGCCGCCAGUAACCGUGCACCACACGGGGCAGGUGUGCACCAUCAGUUUACGCCCACGGAAAGGUUCAGAUUGUUAUCAGUCUCUGACAAUAUUAUGGACCCUACAGAGAAAUUAUAAAAUUUUCUGUACCUUUUGCUUGUUCCUGUCUGUUUUUGUGUCCAAGUCUUGUUCUGAGAUCUCACAAGAGGUGACUUGUUGCAUGAAGAAGACGUUGGAAACAUUAGUGAGAGUUAAGCCUUUUUCUAAUUAGAAUCUGGACAUCAUUUCUCUUGCACACACGUAACACACAACAAGAGAUUGUCUGUGUCAGAAGCGUUCACACCUACAAGAAAUAGUCUUUAUGGUUUCGGUGAGGGGUGGCGCAUGGGUAGCAGCAUGACAUGCUGUGGAUCUCACCUUGGUCACGUAGCCACUUCAUAAUUUGGUCAUAAACAUCAGAGUCUCCUGACGUUCCUUAAAUUUGUUUGAUGAUUUCAGCCUCACUGAGAGAAGUCCCUGAAUCUCAUCAUCACUCCAGUUAAAUAUUUUCAUCGCUGUCUUUGCGUAAACGACUCUUUGGGUUCACCCUCAGAUGUUUGUUUACUUCCGGUUUUGCACAAUCCUCAUGAUAGUCAUCAUGUCAUUAUCAUGCCCACUCGCUCGCUGUGAAUUCUGCGGGCAGUGACCUGCUCUAUUCACACGUUGGAUCAAUCAGACAUUACACAGACUGUGUACUUUGUAGAGAACAGGCAGGAUAAAGUCUAUUUAAUGUCUGAAUCAGCUGAUUCUGAAAACAAGACUUAAGCAAAACUUGGGCACACAACAGACCAUAACAAGCAAAACGUACAAAAAAAUGUUUCAUGUCUUUGUCGGGACCUUUCUGUAAUGUUGUAAGACACUCGUAAAAACAAUCUGAGCCUGUCAGUGGCAAAAACACUUUUAAUGGACGUAAAUUGACGGGUGCACCUACUCUGAGUGGUUACAUUGCAGCCGGCUCAAUACUGGACCAGUUAUAAAAAUUAUUGUCUCCAUUAGUCACUUAGACACUAAAGAGACGAAAAAAAAGUCCACACACUAGACUAUGCUCCCAUAAGUAAAUAAUUGAAUUCUAAUUACAUUUUUUCUCCUCUCGUAUGAGCUCUUGACCAGCAUCUAGUUUGUUUAUUGUCUGGAUGUGCAUGCUUUUCUAAAUCUUUCACUUAAACAUUAAAACAUGGGAAAAUAGGGUCCAAGUUGAAUAAAAACAGUUCUCCUUUAACCUCUUCAUCUCCCUGUCCACAAUAAAAAGUCUAAAACUGUUCUAGGGUUCUCAAAUGAAUCUAUUUUUUAAUUGUCCAAGUUUUGGAUCAUCGCAUUGAUGUGAAAAUAUAGUUUUCAACUUUAGAUAAACAGAAAAAUCACCUGUUUAAGUUACAGCUGCAAACUUGCCCCCAUUGUUUAGUGAACAGUUGUGACUGACGGCUACUCUACAGGUUAAUUUCACAUAUCAUCAAACACUGUGUGAAAAAAACAGAGAGAAAUUACAUCUUUUAAUUUGUUUUCAGUUUUGAAUGCACAUCCUUUGCCAAGUCAUUACAAUUUCUUGUCUUUGUAAGGGUUUAAUAAAGUUGCUCCAUAUGGUGUGAUAUAACAAGAGCUCGGCCCUGUUGAGAAGAGUCAGAGCCGCCACACCUCGCUGUCUGCUCAGCUCUGCUCUGCCUCCAGUUAUCACUACCAAUACAACUCUCUGUGUUACAUCCAAAGCAGCGUGAGGGAUUCACUGCUCCAGCUGCUCAGAUAAUAGAUAAUACAGUCUGUAAGAAAAUAUCAUGUCAGCAAACAAAAAAAAACAACUCGACUCUGAAACAGAUUUACUGAAUGCUGGACUGACUCAAAGGGUUUCUACUUCUCAAUUUAGUGAGUGUGUUUACAUGCAUGUAUUAUUCAGUGUCUGGGGUGAGGUGUAGCUCAUCUGGGCGGUUCCAAACUGCAGCCCUUUUGCUGCAUAUCAUCCCCGUCUCUUUGUCCCACUUGUCCAGUCCAUCAUCAGCUGUACUGUCAAUACAACUCUCUAUAUCAGUGGGGAUCCAGACUUCUUCUUAGGGUACUUUCACACCUGCCCUGUUUGGUUCAGUUCAAUUGAACUCAAGUUCAUUUGCCUCCCGAGUGUGGUUCGUUUGGGCAGGUGUGAACACAGCAAUCACACUCAGGUGCGCACCAGAACAACCGGACCGAGACCUUCUUGGAGAGGUGGUCUCAGUCCGGUUACAAACGAGCUCUGGUGCGGUUCGUUUGUGGUGAGAACGUGUUCCGACCUGGAUCUGAACCAACUGCAGUCACAUGACACAUUGUUUGGGUUAAACAUGAGCAUGUUACAGUCCUGGAGGAUUAUUAAUGUGCACCUCCUCCUGUACUGCCUUAAUAUGCACAUUCAGCACAUCCAAUGCAUCAAAACAUUGUUUUCUAGUUGGAGCCGCGCCUCGUUUUCAAACUGUAUGGUUUGACUAAAAUGAACAAUGACAGCAAUAUAGUCCACGAUGAGCAGCGCUAAAAUCAACCUGCGUAGUUGUCCCUCCAUUGUGACAUUAGAAAGUGUCACAUUUAUCUUGCAAGUGUACUCUUCUUCAACGUUUGCUUUACUUCCUGGAUUUUUCCCACAUGGAAAUUCUGACCAAUCAAGAGCAGCUUUCUCACACAAGGCAUUUGAUCUGGUCUGCUUGUAAAUGCUGCCGUGAGAACAUGAACCAACUCUAGGCAAUUAUACAACUUUGGAACAAAAUGAGUCCCUGAUUCAGACCAAAGGAGACAACUGUAGGUCUGAGAGCAGCCUUAGUCAUUAGUUCAAAGUCCACACAGCUAAAUACUAUCAGCACCAUACUUGUGUUUGGCCAUGUUGUCAAGCCAGUUUGCGGUCUCUGUCAAGUCUACAGCAGGAAAUCGCACUUCAAAGUAAAAGCUCUGUGCAGGAAAUUCACUGUACUAAAAGAUAAAGUGCGUUUUUUACAAACUUCACACGUUUGCGAGUCACUUGCGGCCCAUUCAGAAUGAACCGACAACCUGCUUUUGGACCAAGAAUCAUGAGUUAGGAAGCACUGCUCUAAAAGAUUCUGAGUUUUAUGCCAAAUUCUGCACCGUCUCAUAAAACAAACUGGUGCUGCAGGAGGAAAAAGCACUUACAAUCUGUCAUCAGUCAACGCCAAUUCCACGCCAAGUUCAAACCCCAUUUUAAACUUUAAUUUAGCGACUCAUACAUAAACCUCAAUACAUUCAUUAAACAUAGUUUUAAUCCCUAGAAUAUAGGAGUGUACUGCAAGUGUUUGGCCACUGCACAAGAGUCAGAUGUAGAUUUAAACAUAAUAGGAUUUCGAUCAUACAGCAUCAGCACAUUAAAAUGACAAGUAACAAUUUUACCCUUUGCUGUGAGCCAUGUUAAGUUUGCAGCUGAACCCAAGACAUAUUAACAAGCAGGGAGACAAAAUGGGAGCAGAGGGGAGGACGUGACGUAGAGUGAAGGCAAAUGUUACAUGAAUGAAACCAACCACAGACAGAUGGUUUCAAAACAACAUCACCACAGUCUAACGUGAGACUGCAAGUGUCCCGUCAAGGUUACAUAAUCCGAUAUUUCAACAACAGGUGACUUUUUAGUCCCGCUUCCUGUUGCUGCUGUAACACCAGUGUCAAAAACAGCAUCCACCACCAUGUUAUGUUUUCAUUAGUCUGAUCACCAUCCACAUUUGAAGAGACUACACCAUGAUGUUAGAUGUUACCACAGGCUUAAUGAUGGGCUCAGUAAACCUGUGCAAUGACUGUGUGUUUGAGAGAGAGAAAAGUGUUUGGACGUUUUCUCUGAGUGUGUGUGAGCUCAUUAAUUAGCCUGUUUGUGUGACGUGAAUCUGCAGUGUUCGCAAACUCGACUACUAAACUAAACAUGAUGAUUACACAGGUGUUGGAGAUGAAAAGUAGAAUUUGCACUAGACCAGCAAGAUGUUUUUGUGUGUGUUUGAUUCAAGCCUUAUCAUCAGAUGUGUGACACCUUGGCCAGCAUUGUUCUCUUUCUCGCCCUUUGCUUUGUGUUUUGUAACGCGUCAUUACGAUACACGUUUCUUCUUUUUGUUUUGCACGAACAUUCUUUGUCCUCUGAUGUGCAGAUAGAUGUCGAGCUGUGAUGGAGUAGAAACAAAGAUGAAAGAUAAACUGCUCAGAGCAUCAAAAUGAUGACUUUAACGUUUUGUUUACUGCACGGCCAUGUGACUAAAGGUUCUCUAAACACGUAUCAGUGCGCUGACCUACUAACAGCUUACAACAUCAGGUCAGCUGCUCAUCUGGCAGUAAAGUCACACUGUGUGCUGCUAAAACAACAAUGGAAAUAGGCAACAAGGAUUCAGUUGAGUGAUUGAGAAGUUUUAGUUUUUGCCAACGUUGCUCUUUUUCCUUUGCUCCAACAUGCUGCUCAUCUCCAGUGAGCACAAAGUGUUGGCAGCCCGACAUGAAGACUUAGUGAAAGUUAAGAUUUAAAGGAUAAGGCUGGAGAUAUUCCUUUAUUUUUCUUAUCGUCAACAAAUCCAGUGAAAAGACCAAAACCAACAAUGAGUGGAUCCAAAGCCUGAUAAAUCUUAUUUCUUUGUGCCUCAGAGCUCGACUGCUGUCCAAAAACGUUUAAAAACACAACAUGUUCCUUCAUCACUGUCGUAUAUUUUGAGUCAAUCCCACACAUACCGUUCUUGCUUCUAGAAAUACUCACUAGAGCACCAAGUGUGUAUUAAUCUGCAUCUGAAAAUAGUCCUCAACAAAGUAGUUAACUGCUGUCUGAGUAACGUUUGCCUAAACUACAGUGCCCAGCUGUUUUUUGUUGUUUUGUUUUUUUCAUUGAUUUGCAAGUCAGUCUCAAGUCUUUGCACUCAAGUCCCUAGUCAAGUCCCAAGUCAAAUGUGAUGCCGUUUUAACAACAAAGGAAUAAGAUACUCAAUUUACAAAAUGUAUGAAUGCUUUUUAAAAUUUGUGUGAAUAAAUUGUUUAUUUGCGUAUCUGGCUGUUUCAACACAGCUCACCCCUGAUGGGAUUAUUCACACACAUUUAAAGAAAACCAUUAUUCUAGUGCCAUCACGCUGACACAAAACAAAAUGAAGAACAGAUAUAAAGUUGAUUACUCAACACAAAACACUGGCAUAACAAAUAAAUACCCGAUACAAUUGGGAAGUUAAAGGAAAGUUUCAAGUUACUUAUCUGCUAAGCUAACGUUAGCUAAGCAUUAGCUCAGUAACUAUGUUCACGUUAACGAAGCGGCAGCCUACAAGGCUAAAGAAAUGAAGCCAACAUGGAAGUGCCAAAAACUGCAGACAAAAUGCCGAACUUGUGGGUUUAAAACGGGAGUCCGCAAACCAGUGAGUAACAUCACGGUAGCUACGGCCAUUGUUUUUAUAGUCUUUGUUUUUUAACCUUGACUUAACGUCCUUUGUCCAACUUCAAAUGACAAACGAUGGAUGUUGUCGCGUGUCCAUCUGUAACUUUUUGACCCACAUGUUGUGCAUACUGCAAUUUGUUUGUUGUUGACCACUGUGUUGUUUUAGUACCUGAAAAAAUUGUCUUUGGUGUCAUUUUUUUCCAACUGGCGCUUGGUAACAUUACGUUAUUUAUUGGGAGAGGAAUUAAUUCAUGGAACACAUUUUGAAUAAUGUAAGUAUUCAAUCUUUGGGCUCGGAGUAAAGCAUCAGAUAUUCUCAAGUCAAAAGGCUACAGUCCAAGUGAAGUCUUGAAUCACUGGUGUAAAAGUGCAGCUGAAGUUCCAAGUCAUUUUUUUGUUUUGUCAAUUUUGUGACUUGAGUCUGACUCGAGCCCAAGACAUCAGACUUCAGUCCACACCUCUGGUGAUUUUAAAUAUGUUUAUCUUCAUAAGAAAUUAAUGAGUUUUGGGCUGAGAGACACACAGGUGAGGGAAGGUUGAAAGAACAGAGACAUUGUUGGUUUUGGUCUUUUCAUGAGAUCAGAGUAAUGAUAAGAAGUAAAAAACUAAACCUAUAAAAUCAUAUCAGCCUUAUACUUUAAACAUCUUUGGAAAUCACCAAUUGUCACCUGAUAUCAUAAAUAUUUAAGUCCUGAUUUGACAAACAAGUGAAGGUAACAGCUCCAGACGUCUUAGAAAAAUGUCUUAAUAUCAAAAUAUUGUUUGAGUUUAAAGCUUUGACCAAACUACUGGCCAAAAUUCAAGUUUAUAUUUAAUUAAUCCACAUUUUCUUUUUCUUUUUUAAUGAAUAAAACAUGUCGUCCUCCACAGCGUCGAUCAGUGUACAUACAGGAUAUUUCUCAGCCCAUUCAACACAUCAUUUCCUCCUCACAUUUCUCUCCAUCAUCCAUCCUGCGUCCUCUUCUCUCUUAUCUCUGGUGGCAGUCGGCCCUAACAGUCCAUCGAUGCAGUACCGUCUUGGCUGUCAGUAUCUUUUCCCCCAGUCUCUGACAUCACACUGACAUCAUCACCACCUAUAUCUGAUAGGGAGGGGGGGGCCCAGGCAGAAAAACCUGGGCAGCCAUCGAGUCGCUAGGAGCGACGUUGAUUUUGAAAAUUGAGUGUUCUGUAUUUGUAUUUUUACUGAACUAAAAAAAUAAAAUUAAAGUAUCUGUAAAUAUGUUUAAAACUGAGACACAAAUUCAAUAAAGAUGUUAUGAAAAGUGAUCAGAAA